AUGGAAUCCUGUAAUUCCAUUCGAACUCCUCUUGAAGCAUGGUUGCAUUUGGAUAAAGAUGGUUCAGGCGAGUUAGUGGAUGCUUCUACUUAUCAAAGUCUAGUCGGCAGCUUUCGGUACUUUACAUCUACAAGACCCGAUAUUGCAUUUGGAGUUGGUCUUAUCAGCAUAUUUAUGGAAACACCGCGCCAAGCUCAAUGGCAAGCUGCAAAACGGAUUCUACGGUAUGUUAAAGGCACAUGCAAUGAAGGCAUUCUUUAUGAGGCUGGUGACAACAAAUGUAAUCUUGUUGGGUUCUUUGAUAGCGAUUGGGCGGGUAAUAUGGAAGAUAAGAAACGCACUACAAGCUAUGUGUUUCAUCGUGGUUCAGGCAUGAUUUUUUGGUCAUCAAAGAAACAACAGGUAGUUGCUUUAUCAACAAUAGAGGUCGAAUAUAUGGCUGCAACAUCAUGUGCAACUCAAGCUGUUUGGUUGCGACGAGUACUUGAAGAAAUGAAUCACAAGCAAGCUCAUCCAACAAUGAUUUUCUAG